AUGCAGGCGUGGGAGAUCGCCCAUACGCGGAAGGACUCCAAGCCUGGCGAGCCCCAGUACUAUGGCAAGAAGACCGCGGGGAGGAAGCAGGCCUACUCAGAAGCGUAUCUGAAGUUGCAUCCUGACACACCUGACCCCAUUGCGGCGCCUCUGGACGACAGGGCGGUGGUGAGCAUGGGGCCCAAGGAGCACGGUCGGGAGGCGGUUCUCGAUGCUGUGAUCACUCCUAGUAUCUCCUACACACAGCUUCGUCGGAUCGACCCGAGCCUGAGCCAGCGCACGAGCCAGCCAGUGACCAGUACACAGUCCCUCUUUCAGGAGCAACAAUCUGCCUACCUGGAGUACACAUGCCAGGAGACCAUGGCGUGGCAUCAGAGGCUUUAUGAACACCAAGUGCAGAGGGAUAGCCAGAUGCAGCAGGCUUUUCAGGAUAUGGCGGCCGGCAGGUGUCCUCAGUUCCCUCCAGCACAAUGCCCUCCAGCACAACCAGUGCUGAUGAGCUUUGAGGAGUUUGUGGCACAGAACGCUGGCCCCUCGCCGGUUAGUUCAUCCCCAAUCUAUUCACCCAAAGCAUGUCAUGCCUUUCAACACAGUCAUAUAUCCCGUGCAUAUGUCUUUUCAACAUCCAGGGAACAUGUGGAUCUACCGUUGGCGGUGGUCUUCGCAGCACUCCGGAGACACGGAGCCCGACCACUCCGAUCCACGGAGGUGGAGGCGGAGGUUGGAUACCUUUAUUACCAGUUUCCAUCUAGUAGAAAUGGUGAUGAACCACCAGGAGAUUUUCUAUUGCCAAAUGGAUUGUUUCCUGUGAACAUAGUGUAA